AUGUGCAGCUCCAAGGCCAAAGCGACUGUAGGCUUAGAAGCCUCAGCCAUAUCUCAAGUGGCCAGAAUCAAUGGCCGGCCGGUCCUUCAACCGACUUGUAACCGAGUUCCUAACCUUGAGAGGAGAAAUUCAAUCAAGAAAGUGUCACCAAAGUCACCUUCUCCACCAUCAUCACCACUUUCACGCAAGACUUCAUUGACUCCUCAAGCAAUGAAGCGAGGCAAUGACACUUAUGCAUUGAACUCAAGUUCUGAAAAGAUUGUGACCCCAAAACACACCAUAAAGACUACAACUUUAGAGAGGAAAAAAUCCAAGAGCUUUAAGGAAGGGUCCUGUGUUGUCAAUGCCAUUUCUGCUUCCAUUGAGGCAUCAUUAAGUUACUCUUCUACUUUGAUCACUGAAUCCCCAGGUAGUAUUGCUGCAGUGAGGAGAGAACAGAUGGCACUGCAGCAUGCACAGAGAAAAAUGAAGAUUGCCCAUUAUGGAAGAUCAAAAUCUGCAAAGUUUGAAAUAGUUGUCCCUCAUGAUCCUUCAAACAAUCUUCCAUCGAAGACAAGUGAGGAGGAGAAGAGAUGCUGCUUUAUCACCGCCAAUUCAGAUCCCAUCUAUGUUGCUUAUCAUGAUGAAGAAUGGGGAGUUCCAGUUCAUGAUGACAAGAUGUUGUUUGAACUUCUAGUUUUAACUGGUGCUCAAGUUGGAUCUGAUUGGACCUCAAUCUUGAAGAAACGCCAAGAUUUCAGGACUGCAUUUUCAGAAUUUGAUGAAGCAACAGUAGUCAACUUGACUGAUAAGCAAAUGAUGUCUAUUAGUUUGGAAUAUGGCAUUGAUAUAAGCAGAGUUCGAGGAGUUGUUGAUAAUGCUAAUCGAAUUUUAGAGAUUAAGAAGGAGUUCGGUUCACUUGACAAGUAUAUUUGGGGUUUUGUCAAUCAUAAUCCCAUCUUCACGCAAUACAAAUUCGGCCACAAAAUCCCAGUGAAGACAUCAAAAUCAGAGCGCAUAAGCAAAGACAUGAUCAGAAGGGGCUUUAGGUUUGUAGGUCCAACGGUGCUUCAUUCGUUUAUGCAAGCAGCUGGACUCACGAAUGACCACUUAAUCACUUGCCAUAGACACUUGCAGUGCACUUUAUUGGCAACUAGCUCCCAAUUGUGGGUGUGGUUUCCAAUUGACAAUUUGAGGAAAGAGUUGAUUGUUAAAGAGGAGAAAAUGCCUGUGUGUGGGAUGCUUGUAGAGGGGAGUGAAGGUUUAUGGGGCUUCUUAUCUUUCCGUUAUUCCCUUAACUUUUUGGCUUUGGUGAAUAUUAUCCCACUCUAUGUUCUGGAGUUGGUGUGGGGUUUUCUCGAGUGGUCUUCAAUGCACUUUGCUGCUGUACUAAUUGAUUACUGA